ACCAUGCUGAACGUGCUGCUGCUGUGCUGUGGGCUGCUGCAGGGGAUCCAGGCUGUGCUGGAUCUCAGGACUGCUGACCACAGCUGUGGCCACGUGCAGAAGGCGAGCAGCGGGCUGGAGCGGGUGGACAGAGCCCGCCAGGCCAGCCUGCAGCGCAAGGGCAAGGAGGCGUCUGCGGAGCUGGCAGGAGCUCUCCCAAGGCUGGGGUUUGAGCAGAUGGCCCUGGGGGUCCAGGAAGCUGAUGGUGACCUUGUGCAGAGAGGCAGCCUGCUGGAACCACAGGCAUCAUCCACAGAGCUGCAAGCUGAGGGCCGUGAGGAGCGCUCCCCCCGCCGCUGUGUCCGUCUCCUGGAGUCCUGCCUGGGCCACCAGAUCCCCUGCUGUGACCCCUGUGCCACCUGCUACUGCCGCUUCUUCAACGCCUUUUGCUACUGCAGGAAGAUCAGCACCAGCUUCCCCUGCGGCAAGAACUAG